AUGCACACGCAGGACACGCUAUUCCGGCUUUUCCCGAAGCUGUUUCCCGCCGGCGGCCCGCCCAAGGAUCCUUUCCAGGUGAACUUGAGACUGUUGCGCCGGGAGUACCGGGCGCUCCAGGGCCAGAACCACCCAGACGUGGUAAUGGGGGCGGCCGGGUUUGGGCCGAACACGACCGCUGGUUCUGUGAACGACGGCGCCUCCUCGGCAAUCAACCACGCCUACGCCACGCUCCGAAACCCUUAUACACGGGCGGCGUACAUCGUAGAGCUCCAGCACCCGGAGAAACUCGACAUCACCAAGGACGACGUGCUGAAGCAGUUCAUCGCCAACGUGCAGGCGGCGUCGCAGGAGCACUCGUUGGACUACAAAGCGCUCCUAAUGACGGUUUUGGAGGCCCACGAGGCGUUGGAGUCGGCGACGUCCGAGGCCGACCUCGCGGCGUUGGAAGAGGAGAACACGGCGCGGAUCGAGCAGUCUGAGCAGAGCUUGGACGCGUUGCUCAAGCAGACGCCUGUUCCGUGGGAGGCGUUUAUUAUCGAGACAAUCGAGUUGAAGUACUGGGUCAACAUAGCGAACGGCAUCAAGGACUGGGAGCCAGGCAAGCCGGUUCUCUUGACCCACUAG